CUCUGUACGGGAGCGCAAAGACAGUGAGCCUCAUAUUCCGGCGGAUUUCGGUCGGAAAAUCCGGUCUCCGGUGAGAUGAAGGAGCUGAAAUCGGAGGACCCAACCGGGUUGGUGGAGGGCAAAGUUAGAAAUGACGAGAAGCAGAAGUUAGAAAUAGGUAGAGGGAGUGGACAGAGUAGAUACAAACGGAGCUCAAGCUUGAGUGAGAUGAUGAAAGAUGGACAGCUACGUGAUAGUGAAAGUAAUGGAGGAAGUGCGUCCCUUACUGAACAUGCUCUGGAAACCAAAGUUUCAAAGCAAAAGGUACAGAAUGGUCAUUUGACCAAGACCAAAUGCAUUUCUGUUCUUGUAGGUCAAGGCACUGAAGAUAAACAAUCUCCAGGAAGUGGGAAUGCAAAACAUGAAAAUGAAAAGAGCCAACGGCUAUCCAGAUCCAAGAAGAAGAAAGAUCUUAAUUUGCCUCGUCGUGCUUCUAAGCGACUAGCUGGUAUCGAGGUUGAUACAGUGCCAGAACUGAAAGCAAGCACUCGAGCACGUCGAGUUGGUAGCAAACAGUCGGAUAAUCUGGCUGGUUGUUCGUCCCAACAACCUUAUGUUCAGGAAGAGCGAGAUAACACUGAAGAGAAGCCUGGAGUUCUUCCAGAUUCGCCUCUUGCUGAUUUCUUCUCAGAUCCAUGCAUUGCCUUUGCAAUAAAGACUUUAAAGGAUCAUUCGGAAGAUGGAGAAACAGAUGACAUGAGCUAUAUAAAGCAAGAAUGCAAUGUUCUUCCCCCUCCAGGUAACUUGGUUAAACAAGAGAAACAUGAUGGCAUAGUUGGAAGUGGUGAGAAGUCAGGAUCAUCUAUCACUGAACCACCUUUCGGGAGUUCUUGGCCAGACCCCUGCAUUGAAUUUGCUAUUAAGACUCUCACAGGCGCAAUCCCUCUCGAGUAUGAUCCGCAUAUCGAGGAGUAUUUCCAGAAGCAACUCAGGUCAUCGCAACAACACAAGGACAAUGUCAUGCAGAAAGAGAUUGCCUGACCAAAGUUUUCUGCAGUGUUUAACUCCCUAUCUGUGUUUUUGAUUAAUUGAUUUAGCUUUAGCGUCAGCAAUUUUAGCAUA